UCGCACAUUGAUCUGCACAUUGAUCGCACAUCCGCCGCACAUCGAUCGCCGCCGCCGCUGCCCAUCAUGCCCAUUGUCCACGUCAAAUCCGACUCUGAUUUUCGCAAGGCUCUGUCGUCCGGCAAGCUCGUCGUCAUCGACUUUUAUGCCGAUUGGUGCGGCCCAUGCAAGGCCAUUGCGCCUCGGUUCGAGGAGCUCUCGGAGCAGUACAAGGGAGUCAUCUUUCUGAAGGUCAAUGUCGACGAGCACACCCAGAUCUCGCAAGAGUGCGAGAUCACCGCCAUGCCUACCUUCCAGCUGUAUCGCUCCAACAAGAAACUCGAUCAGAUCGUCGGGGCCAACAUCCGCGGCGUCGAAAACUCAAUUCAGCGG